CUAUAUAUAUAAAUCAACUCCUUUGGCCUUAUAAGUUAAUUCCUCUCUACAUCAAAACAUAUACAAACAUUUACUUGCCUCUACCCCCACCAAAGGCAUCAAGAAAAUAUGGCUCAAGUUCAAGAAAGUCCCAUCUCUCAAGGCAUCAAAUUGUUUGGUGCAACAAUACAAAUUCAAGAAAAACAACCCAAAACUACUCAUCAACCAACAAACAAAGUUGUUGAUGAUGAUGAUGAUGAUCAUGAUAAUGAUAAUGAUCAAGAAAAAAGGCCAGACAAGAUCAUCCCUUGUCCUAGAUGCAAAAGCAUGGAAACCAAAUUUUGUUACUUCAACAACUACAAUGUUAACCAACCUAGACACUUCUGCAAAGGUUGUCAGAGAUACUGGACGGCCGGCGGAGCCCUACGGAACGUGCCCGUAGGAGCCGGCCGUCGCAAAGCCAAGCCACCAUGCGGGCCGGGCCCACAUAGCGACUUGGCCGGAUUAUCAGACGGUUGUAAUUUCUUUGAUGUGGCUAAUCAACUUGACUUUGAUGGAGUGGUGGCUCAUGAAGAUCAAUGGCAUCUUUUUCCGGCAGCUAAGAGGAGGAGGAGCACCUCCGAUAGCCAAUCUUAUUGAUUCCCUCUUUGUCGUCUAGUGAUUAUAUAAAUUAUAUUCUAUGUACGUGGAAUUAGUAAAUUGUUAAAAAAAAAAAAAAAAAAAAACAUUUGCAGGCUGACUUUACUUCCUUGAUUGUAUAUACAAGCUGUCUUUAAUUAGUUAAACAAAGUUGUCUUAAUUAGUACUACGUUCUUAAUUAAGAAACUAGUAUUAUUGAAAGUUGCACUGAUUUAUAUCUUAAUCAAUCAUGUUGAUCACGAGUUGAGGGACAAGAUAGCAUGCCACACAACCCAUCAUAAAAGGUCCGACA